CGGACAUGCGAUCAGGCACGUGGCUUCUGGCGCUCCCUGUGCUUGCCUCCUGCGUCGAUCUCCAGCACGCGACGUCGAGCCGCUCGAGCGUGCGCGGAUGCGUGCCCAGCGCAACGGUCCGCUCCCGCUCAGAGACGCGGGCUGCAGCAGCAGCAGGAGUUCGGCCGUUCAAGCGAUGCUUCCUUCCUCUCCUGCACGCUGCUCGAGAGGCCUGUCUGGCGAGCUCGUCCAGACACGAGACACAAGCGCAAACUCAUGGCGUCUCCAAGCAUGCUCGUGGGUGAAAGGGAGGCGCAGCAAGCGGAGCUGCAGCAGAUGCCUAGGGCGCGGCGGCGCGGAGCAUGCGGCCGUCGGCUCGGAAAGGAGGAUGCGCCGGCCAAGAGGCUCCUGUCGCUGCUGUCUCUCAGCAGCCUGAACAGCCCUGGAGCAUGAAGCAUCGUCUCGCGGAUGGCUCUGUGUGCAAAGCUUCAGGAGCCCCCUCCGUGCGAGCGAGUCUCGGGCUCGGCGCGAUCUCGCAACGUGUGUUGUUCGCGGCGCCGCUCGCGCUGCGUGUCGGAGCCAACGGCCCCGGCGUCGGUGCGGCGAGCGUCCACAUGGGCAGCGGGCGCAUGCAUCGGCACAGCGAGACUUGGCAGCGCUGCUCGUGGUCUG